CGCGGCUGGGCAGCGGCGCAGCGACAGCAGCCGCCGAGGUAGGGGCCCAAGGAGAAGCGGAGGCCAGCCUGGGCGGCGGCGGGACGUAGGAGGAGCUGGGACACGGUCCAAGGCAGAGCAACUGACAAUCCUGUCAGAUGGACAGGGUUUGGCUUCACAGCCCUGUGAAUAAAGGAGAAACUCUCAAGUCAGAACUCGAAAGAGGAAAACCCAACAGCAAGUCUGCCGGGAAGCAAAGUACUUCUGUGACCUGCCAGGAUCACCUGGAAGGCAGGGUUCCUUGCACAAAGUAAGUUCUUCUAACUAUUCCUGGAAGGAAUGGAUGAGCUGGUAGAGAUCAGAGACCAUGUUGCGUUAGCUUCGCGAGCUCUUGGCGAAGAUAAUGGUGAUGCUGAGUGGAGAGAAUGCUAGGACGAGACUCUGGCUUGAGGGACACACCUGGGGCUCCAUGAGAAGGACGGCUUUCAUCCUGGGCUCUGGCCUUCUCUUGCUCGUGGCCUUCUGGAACUCAGCCACAUGGCAUCUUCAGAGAUUCUGGGGCGCUUCUGGCUAUUUUUGGCAAGCCCAGUGGGAGAGGCUGCUGUCGACAUUCGAAGGGAAGGAGUGGACCCUCUACAUUAUAGGUGUUACCCAGGUACCCAAUCUGCUCUUCUGGAGCUUCAACGGGCUGCUACUGGCGGUUGACACAACCGGAAAACCUCACUUCAUCUCCCGCUACCGAAUUCAGGUUGGCAAGAAUGAACCAGUGGAUGCCGAGAAACUACGCCAGUCAAUCCGCACAGUUCUGUUCAACCAGUGGGUGAUCUCUCCGCCCAUGCUGGUCCUCCUCUAUCCCAUCCUCAAGCUGUGGGGAGACCCCUGCCGCCGAGAGCUACCCACCUUCCGCUGGUUCCUCCUGGAGCUGGCUGUCUUCACUCUGAUUGAGGAAGUCCUGUUCUACUACUCACACCGGCUCCUUCACCACCCAACAUUCUACAGGAAAAUCCACAAGAAACACCAUGAGUGGACAGCUCCCAUUGGCGUGAUCUCUCUCUACGCCCACCCUAUCGAGCAUGUGGUCUCCAACAUGCUGCCAGUGAUGGUGGGUCCCAUAGUAAUGGGCUCCCACUUGUCCUCCAUCACCAUGUGGUUCUCCUUGGCCCUCAUCAUCACCACCAUUUCCCACUGUGGCUACCACCUACCUUUCCUGCCUUCACCUGAAUUCCAUGACUACCACCAUCUCAAGUUCAACCAGUGCUAUGGGGUACUGGGGGUGCUGGACCACCUCCAUGGGACUGACACGGUGUUCAAGCAGACCAAGGCCUACGAAAGACACAUCCUCCUGCUGGGCUUCACCCCACUGUCUGAGAGCAUCCCAGAUGCCCCGAAGAAGACGGAGUGAGAGAGGGCCCAAGGGCCAUCCUGGCUGUCCCCCUCAGUGGACUGUUAAGGUGGCCAGAGGCAUUCUGAUUGCACCUAACUUGUUCCUUCAGCCAUGCACUCUCUAAUGACGGCACCACUGGAGCAGGGGGUUAGAUCAGCUUCCUAGAAAAGCAGGGCCAAGGAUGGGGCCAGGGCUCCCCCAGCUGCCCCUGUUGUUCCUCAAAAGGACCAGGAGUUGGCUUAAGGAAGGAUGGAAAACAGCUCCCCAGAAUGGAGGCCAGUGAGAAGAAACCACUUUUAAGAGCAGUCCUGGUGAGUGCCCCUGGUCCUUUGCUGUGGAAGGGGAGAGAUGACCCCAGAUGACCUUUUUAUGGCCUAGACAAGACACAGAGAUUGCAAAGGUAGCAGUGAGAUAGGAAGUUACUACCGACUCCAAGGAGAGCUCCUCCUGGUACCAGGGGGUGAGGGAACUGGAAGGUAUUGCUUUGCCCCUUCCUGUCCCCAAAAACUUUUCUCAUACCCUAAUCUGGCCAGGGCUAGGACGCCCUCAUUGCCAAAACACACACACACAGAG